ACCCGUGCGUCGUCGUUGUCGUACUUAAAAUGUGACUUGGGGUUUAGCAUAUACACACACCGUGGUAGUCGAGUGCGAGUAUAGAGGGAUUAGCUGUGUGUGUGCCAUCGGAGGAGUACAUUAUCCGUUAGUUUUAGACAAGUACAGAUAAAAUACUCCGGGAUCGCGGGGAUCGUCUGAGGGGAGUUCCGUAAGUGGCGACUGACGGAGGAAGAGGGCCGAGACGCCCGGAAGAAAUCACCCGAAUCCGCGAAUGAUCGCUCGCUCGCGGUUACGUGUCGCCGUCAUCGCCCGUCGCACAUAUCUCUUCCUCUCGUGAACUGUGAUUCUCUGUGCCCUUCGUCGACUCGGAGGGAGAGGUGCUGGAAUACCUAGUGAUCUGCGACGACGGGAUAGAUACAGGCAGGGAAAAUGAAACUUGAGUUGGACCGGGAGAAGGGCCUCGAGCUCUUCGCCAAGCUCAUACGUACAAAGAAUGUGGAUAGUCUGCAGGGUGAUCAGCCCAAAACCGGUCCCGAGCCACUUCAUCCAGCCAACUCCAAGCAGAAAUUACAGAAGUGCCUGACAACUCUGGACCUGACGUCUUUAGGAGUUGGCUCCUGCGUCGGGACAGGGAUGUACCUUGUCGCAGGAAUGGUUGCGCGCAGCGUUGCCGGACCUGGUGUCGUCAUCUCAUUCAUUAUCGCAGCCAUUGCUUCCAUUUUUUCCGGAGCGUGUUACGCCGAAUUUGGAGUACGAGUGCCUCAUACGACCGGCAGCGCUUAUAUGUACAGUUACGUGACAGUAGGCGAAUUAAUAGCAUUCAUUAUUGGAUGGAACAUGGUGCUGGAGUACCUUAUAGGUACGAGUGCGUGUGCGUGCGCCCUUAGCGCCUGUUUGGAUGCGUUGGCGAACGGUGCUAUCUCCGAGGGGAUAGCUGGCAGCAUUGGCACUAUAUUCGGACAACCGCCGGAUUUUCUCGCGUUCGUCAUCACGAUAUUGAUGAUGCUGCUGAUGGCGGCGGGCGUGAAGAAGUCCCUGGUGUUCAACAACGUGCUGAACGCCAUUAAUCUCGCCGUCUGGGUCUUCGUCAUGGCGGCGGGCAUGUUUUACGUGGAUUCCAGCAACUGGUCCGAGCACAAGGGUUUCCUUCCUUACGGCUGGAGCGGGGUUUUCACCGGCGCGGCGACGUGUUUCUACGCCUUCAUAGGCUUCGACAUAAUAGCCACCACCGGCGAGGAGGCGACGAAUCCGAAGCGGAGCAUCCCCCUCGCCAUAGUCUCGUCGUUGAUCAUAAUUCUCGUUGCUUACGUCACCAGCAGCAUGGUGCUGACGUUGAUUGUUCCGUACGAGCAGGUCGAUCAAGAUUCGGCGCUGGUGGAGAUGUUCGGCCAAGUCGGGGCCUACAAGUGCAAGUACAUCGUCGCGAUUGGCGCGCUGGCGGGCCUGACGGUCUCCAUGUUCGGCAGCAUGUUUCCGAUGCCUAGGAUAGUCUAUGCAAUGGCUCAGGAUGGCCUUAUAUUUCGGAGUCUUAGUCAAGUUUGGCCGGCGACGGGCACUCCCGCGAUUGCGACUUUAAUUUCUGGCUUGUGUGCCGCCUUCGCUGCGCUGCUGAUUAAGCUGGAGGUGUUGGUGGAAAUGAUGUCGAUCGGCACCUUGUUGGCGUACACUCUGGUGUCCACCUGCGUGUUAAUACUGCGGUAUCAGCCGCAUUCGACGAAUCUGGUCGAGCUGCUGCCGCAGAGCCUCAGGACGCCGUGUCGAUCGCCGACAAAGGAGACGCAAGGGAACGGUCAAGUGGCUUACGGCAAGGAGCUCAGGCCCGAUCAGCUUACGACCGCGUUGAACUCGGUCCAGGCGUCCCAGUCAGAGCUCACGACCACCAGCAACGGGCAGCGUAUCACGGUGCGGCGGGUGAGGAGAUGCAAUAGCUCGUCGCCGGAGUCGGACGAUACGUUCGGCGGCGAGGAGGACGAGGUUGGACUGGGUAAGGACGAUCAGUAUCUCGUCAGCGACAGGACGGAGAACAAAUUCUACGGCAGCGUACACGCGGCCGCAGCCGCUUCGAGUUGCGGCAGCGCUCAUCAGUAUCCUGGAAACACGCCGAUUAUAGGACCACCGUUGAACUAUCUACAGCGUCGGCUGCAGGCUGUGCAAUACCUGUGCCCUGCUAUAUUCCCAUGGGUGGAUAGAGGUCCUGCGACGGAGGCGUCAGGACGUUAUGUCAUGAAACUCGUGGGGAUCUUAUAUUUCUUGAUCCUUAUCUUUGACUUGAUUAUCGUCUGUGGGAUGGGUAACAUGGGGACGUUCACAACGAUACUAUUUUUCCUCUUUCUCUUUGCCAUAAUCGGUAUCCUUCUCGCCAUUAGCAGAAAGCCGCAGAAUAGGAAUAGCGUAAUGUUCAUGACUCCAGGCUUACCCUUUGUGCCCGCGAUCGCCGUUACCGUCAACAUUUAUCUCAUCUUCAAACUCAGCAUCCUCACGCUGGUCAGAUUUACGCUCUGGAUGACUCUCGGCUUCAUCAUGUACUUCCGAUACGGCAUCAAGAACAGCAGUCUGGAGGAGGCGAACGCAUCGGCGAACGACGACACCGUCGUCGGUGGCGGCACGGCCGGCAACAUCGAGCUGACCGUGACCGACCACCACAUACGGCAGCAGAAGCCGUACACGGCGCCGGAUCAUAGCAUCUACGAGAACAGCCAGCAGUUGGACGCGUUCGGCCAGCCGGUGUUCGGCAGCACGAACUUCGGCGGCACGCCGAGCAUCAGUAUCAGCCAUCAUCAGCCUCUGCAGAGGCAAUCGGCGGCGACAGGCGGCAACCGCAUCGACCAAACCGCGUCGACGACGACGGCUAAGAAGCUGUUCAUCGAUCAGUCGAGCUUCCCCUCCUGGGACGAUUGAGGAGCGCCGCGCGCGGUACCGAGCGGAUAUUAACGUAUACAGAACACACGAAUGGAAAGAAAGGGAGAGAGAAAGAGAAAGAGAGAGAGAGAGAAAGAGAGAGAGAAAGAGAGAGGUAUUACUAUUUACUACGUCUGACAACAUGUUCGCGCGCGAGCGCGCGACUGGCAUCGGAUAAUCGCCGAUGAAACCAGACCCUUCGGAGAUUGCGAUGGUUUUCAGGUUCGAUCUUUCUGCGCUGCGUGACGGCAUUUCGGAGCGCGACGAGCUUUCGGCGAACGAUCAUCGAGAUCGCUCGAAAUAGAUAUUCAAAAGGAGCCAUUUCUAAUCGUAUUAAUGCUGACACAUAUAGCUGACUGACGUUUAACAGAUCAUCUAUUGAACUGUUACAAAUUUUAAUCGGAGAAAAGGAUGAGGGAUGAACUAAAUUAACUUAUAAUCGAUCGGCGAAAAGGAGGCGACUGGAAUUUUUUCAGGCAUCUCUUCGAGCACUUUUGCGCUGCUCGAAGACGUCGCGCUGAUGUUUCUGCAAUCGCGCUCAUUGACAUUCGUCAUUUAUCCCUUCAAGUAAGUUUAUUGUCGAUCUCACGAGUUUGUGCAAAUAUUCGGCUACGUAUGAAUAAGUUGCAGGACUUGAAAGAGUCCUUGUUAACGCUCGAUCGUCCGCGCGAAAGUAACGUCUUUUCCUUCCAAGUGCGCGCGACGAGAUCGUCAGAAAGAUUUGGUUGAAGUGACGUCAGCAAGGUGGGAGGCCAGGAUCAAGCGAUACUCCGAGGGUCGAACUUGUUGACUACUAUUUGGGACGAAGCAAAUAAUUUUGCGGCAAUAUUUAUUAUCUUAGUUGUAUAGUACUGUCGUUGACGAGAUCGCAAGCGAGAGGAAGGGGGAGAGGGAGGUGGGAGGAGGAAUGAGGCAAA